GGGAGGGUAGACUCUGAGGCGGAGGUGUUAGAGAAAGGGGUCAGUGCACGGAGAGAAGCUACAUGCUUUCGCUACAUGCCUUCUCCACGUGGUUUGAAGAAAAAAAAACAGGGGGAAUCCGGGCGCCACAGUGGCCAUUCUCCGGUGGCCGGAGCAUGUCACCCAGAAACGGCUCCCUCAGAGGCCAGUGGGAGCGCCUGGCGGGCCGCGCGCUUGAUGGCGCCGAGCAUACUGGGAGGUGUGGUCCCGGCGACCCGAAGAUUCUGGGUAGUGUAGUCCUGGCGUCCUGCUGGAGUGGCCCCCGAGCUGGUGGCUCUAGUGACCCCUUGUUCUUUGGUGGCGCUGGUGAGUGUGGCUCCCGCGGGCCCUCGCUGCAGCCGUGCCCUUCCCCGCGCAGAAAGGCACACAUGGCAUUCAGAGAUGUGGCUGUGGAUUUCACCCAGGAGGAGUGGAUGCUGCUGAGCCCUGCUCAGAGGUCCCUGUACCGGGAGGUGAUGCUGGAGAACUACAGCAACCUGGUCUCGCUGGGGAUUCCAUUUUCUAAACCCAAACUCAUCACCCAGCUGGAGCAAGGGAAGGAAACCUGGAGAGAAGAGAGAAAAUGCCCACCUGCCACCGGCCCGGCAGAACCAAAGCCAGAACUCCACCUCGGUCCCUUCCGCCCUCCAGACUUCUCCAGUCAGCAGCUCCGCAUGCAGCACGUGCUGUGUAGUCACCCUCCCUGGAUCUUCACGUGCUGGUGUGCAGAAGAGCCUGUCCGGCCAGGAGCUCCGUGCCCUGGGGACCAGCAGCAGCAGCAGCAGCGAGCCUCUGAUGGAAGUUCCUGGAAUGACAAAGCAGAAGGUCAGGAGAGAGAAGGCACCCAGCCUUUGUUUGGAAAGACAAAGAAAAGGACUUCAGGCGUGUUCCCCAGGCCGCCACCCCAGCAGCAGCCGGUCAGCUCUGGGGAUGGCAUCCAAGGCGUGGAGGGAGUGGCCAGCCCAGCUCAGACGGGGAAUCCCGAGGAAACAGACAGACUGUUGAAGAGGAUAGAAGUCUUAGGAUUUGGAACAGUCAACUGUGGGGAGUGUGGCCUGGGCUUCAGCAAGAUGACAAACCUGCUCAGUCACCAGAGGAUACACUCAGGGGAGAAGCCGUAUGUGUGUGGGGUGUGUGAGAAGGGAUUUAGCCUAAAGAAAAGCCUUGCCAGACACCAGAAGGCACACUCGGGGGAGAAGCCCAUCGUGUGCAGGGAGUGUGGGCGAGGCUUUAACCGCAAGUCGACACUCAUCAUACACGAGAGGACACACUCAGGUGAGAAGCCUUACAUGUGCAGCGAGUGCGGGCGAGGCUUCAGCCAGAAGUCAAACCUCAUCAUACACCAGCGGACACACUCUGGGGAGAAGCCCUACGUGUGCCAGGAAUGUGGGAAAGGCUUCAGCCAGAAGUCAGCUGUCGUCAGACACCAGAGGACGCACUUGGAGGAGAAGACCAUCGUGUGCAGUGACUGUGGACUGGGCUUCAGCGACAGGUCGAACCUCAUCUCACACCAGAGGACACACUCCGGGGAGAAGCCUUAUGCCUGCAAGGAGUGUGGGCGGUGCUUCAGGCAGAGAACCACCCUCGUCAACCACCAGAGGACACACUCCAAGGAGAAGCCUUAUGUGUGUGGCGUGUGUGGGCACAGCUUCAGCCAGAAUUCAACCCUCAUCUCACACAGGCGGACACACACUGGGGAGAAGCCUUACGUGUGUGGGGUGUGUGGGCGAGGCUUUAGUCUCAAGUCACACCUCAACAGACACCAGAACAUACACUCAGGGGAUAAGCCCAUUGUGUGUAAGGACUGUGGGCGAGGCUUCAGCCAGCAGUCAAAUCUCAUCAGACACCAGAGGACACACUCAGGGGAAAAGCCCAUGGUGUGUGAGGAGUGCGGGCGAGGCUUCAGCCAGAAGUCAAACCUUGUUGCACACCAGAGGACACACUCAGGGGAAAAGCCGUACGUGUGCGGGGAGUGUGGGCGAGGCUUCAGUCACCAGGCAGGUCUCAUCCGGCACAGGCGGAAACACUCGAGGGAAAAGCCUUACACGUGCAGGCAGUGUGGACUCGGCUUCAGCAAUAAGUCAGCUUUAAUCACGCACAAAUGGGUACACUCGGAAGAGAAGCCCUGUCUAUUCAGAGAGUGUGGCCAAGGCUUUCCCCAAAAGUCACACCUCAUCUUACAUCAGAUGACACACCAGGGCAGGAAGCCUUAUGUGUGCAAGACAUGUGGACAGGGCUUUAGCCAGAAGUCUCACCUCAGCAGACACAGGAGGAUGAAGUCCGCCCACCACAAACUGCGACUUCAGUCUGACCCCGAGGCCUACUCAGAGCAAUCUUCUGACCCCUUGCACUCUCUCUGAGAGUGAAGACGGUGGUGAGGACUGGAUAAUCAAACAUCAUACACUUUCAUAAAACGCAUUCCGUAAGUGGUCAAAGGACAUUUGCCUUCGUUUACUUCCUCCAUGCUAAGUCUUCAUGUUUUGUGGUCUUUUGUUCUAAUAAACUGCUUCUUUACAAAC